AUGACCAUCUCUACCGACGCUCCUUACGGACCCUGUGGGGUAUCCAACGGUGUUCUGACGACGACCAAGAUGCGCGUCUUUUUGGUUCAGACUGCGCAAGGUCUCACUCCCUCCUCAGGAGGUUACAAGGCCAACGUCAAUCUCCUUCGCCAGUUGCGCCUGUUUGGCCAUGAUGCCGCUCAGAUCUGCUACGGAUUUGAAGACGAGGUCGAAAAGUACGCCGAGCUGGCCAGAGCCAAAGGUGUCGAACCUAACGUGACCCACCAUUCGGGUCUGCCAGUCAUCGACUCCAAGGGAAACCAACACGAACUUGAUGUCAAGACAUUCAUGGAUGAGCAUGGCAUUCACAAUAUCGUCAUUUCUCGCGUCCCUUUCAAUGAAGCUUACCCCACUAGGGAAUUCUGGCAGGACACCCAAGAUUACCUUGAGGACCGCUCCAUUACUCAGCGCAUGCAGACCUUGAUCGACAUCUUCUCCAAACAUAUCACUGCGUACCGUCCUACUCAUGUCGUCUUCAACGAUCCCGUCACGAUGAAAGUCACGGCUGACCACGCCCUGAGGCCCACGUUCAAGAGAAUCAAUGUCAUCCACACUGCUGAGCAGCUGCCUUUCGGCCCGUACUGCAACGGCAUUUUGGGCCAUUGCUCGUCCCCUAAGGUCGAGGACCAACUGCUUAGAGAGCUUGAAGGAAUUUGGGUGGUCUCGAAGGCCAUCGGAGACUACGCUUGGCAGCACGGAAGACUCAAGACGACGUUCCUUGUUCACAGCCCCCUCACCUACCUCGAUGCUCGCACUGGAGGCAUGCCCGUUCAGCGGUACAACAUCGACAAGUUCGAGGUCGGCAUGGUUAAUCCCUGCCCUCACAAAGGCCUUUCCAUCCUUGUUGAGCUCGCCAAAAGACUGCCGCAGAUUCAGUUUGUCACUUGGAGCAGCUGGGGCUCUCGAAGCAAGCACCUUGAUCAACUUAAGGAACUCCCCAACAUGAAGGUCAUGCCCACCACCAGCAACACGGAUGAGAUUUGGGACCGCAUCAAGGUCUUGCUUGCACCUUCUGUCUGGCUCGAGGCGUGGGGAGUUGUCGUGACUGAGGCCCAGCUUCGCGGCAUCCCCGUCAUCGCUUCCAAUGCCGGCGGUCUCAAGGAAGCCAAGAUUGACUUGCCUUACUGUCUCCCUGUUAACGUUGUCACUGGCGCCAAGCACGAAAAUGGUGACUAUAUCGUCCCGGAGCAGAACAUCGACCUUUGGGAGGAGGCCGUUCUUCGGCUGAUGACGUGCCAGCAGAACUAUGACAGGGUUGCGCGAGCAACUGCCCAAGGCUCUGUCAAGUGGCUUAACAGUCUCGACCCCCGUGCCCACGAGAAGUGGUUCCUUGGGAUGAUGACUGCUUGA